UCCUGAGGGCAAAUACAUGAUGGGAGAGUUAUUCAUAUUUGGGAGAUGUGGAUAGAACUGUUAGUUCUUCAAACAAAUUACAUGAAUUAAUUCUGAGGUUUUUUAAAGAGUUCAAUGGGCUGAAGACCGAGGGUUAUCUCAAUGCAAAAAGGGAAGCGCACCUUCAGUUUGUCACACACACACAUCAUCAACACAUCUGGAGAUACGGGUUUUUUCAAAUCGAUACAUUUAUUUUUAAUUGAAACAAUGUAAUUAGUGACACAAAGUGCCAUGCUUUUUGGACACCCCACCUAGCUACUAACUCUAAUAUAGUUACACAAUCCAGGAUGCAAUAACAUUGUGUUGUCAUGGAAACUUGAGUUCUUUAAAAACAAGUAUUCUCUCAAAUCUCAUGGGGAGUUUAAUCUGGAACAACCGCAAACUGAUGCAAACUUCGAUACGCACAAUUAUAUAAGAGUCGGACAGGCGGCUGUACUGAGACAGGAACGCGGACGGAACUUUUAAACCGGGGUCGGCUGUUUCAAAAGGGACCGCAAAGGGUGAAGAUCGCUUGAGGAAGUCGGCGUCAGCAAACCUACCGGCCUGCUCAGAGGAAACAUUUGACCUGACCUCCGCAGCGCCAUAAUGUCCGACAUCACGCUCAACCUGAGCUGUGCUGGUGGAGCCGCACGGAGGAGGCCGCCGCGAGGAUACCGAGGGGGUCACAAACGGGUUCCCAACAGGACGCAUCAAAUGAGCUUCCUGGGGCACGCCAGAGGCAGAGGCGCGCGGCCCGAACACUAUGCUCCUCCGCGCCAAAAUGGCGCCUUUGCGCAGCUGGUGAGUUCACCCAGCGGGGCGGCCCGUGGGGCCGGCGCUCCGCGCGUCAGCCACAGCGCUUCAUCGUCUGCACGUCAGUCGCCACCUCUGAUGACCAGCAGCAGAGGCUGCGGCGGGAAGCCGAGCGAGCCGGCGGGGAGACCGGCGAGCGCCGCUGCCCACCGUCCCUCGCCAGCGGGCAGCCACAGGGCCGCCGCGCAGACGUCGACGGGAAUCCCCGCCAAGUACCUGGCUCUGGACUGUGAGAUGGUGGGCACGGGGCCAAAGGGGAGCAUCAGCAAGCUGGCCCGCUGCAGCCUGGUGUCCUACGACGGAGACGUGGUCUACGAUAAGUUCAUCAACCCCCCCGUGCCCGUCACUGACUACCGCACCCGCUGGAGCGGCAUCCGGCGCAGCGACCUCGUCAACGCUGCGCCGUACUUAGAGGCCCGGAAGGAGCAGAUUCUGAGGCUGCUCAUGGGGAAGGUGGUGAUCGGCCACGCCGUCCACAACGACUUCAACGUCCUCGGCUACUCGCACCCGGCCGCGCUGACCAGAGACACGUCUCGGAUCCCCCUCCUCAACCAGAGGGCCGGCUUCGCCGUGACCGAGUGCGCCUCGCUGAAGAGACUCACCAAGGCCAUCUUCAACCGCGACAUCCAGACCGGAAAGAAAGGCCACUCUUCUGUGGAGGACGCCAGAGCCACGAUGGAGCUUUACAAAGUGGUGGAGGAGGAGUGGGAGAGGACCCUGGCCUCCUCCAGGUCUCAGGCCUCCUAGUGGCAAAUAAACUUUAACCUUUUAAAUGGACGUUUUUGGUGAGGCGGGCGUGUGGUUUGGAGCCGACUGGUCUACAGCCUCCGCUGUCCACUCAACAAGAGGACGAAACUAAGAAGACUCAGUCCCAGCAGUUCUUUCUCAGGGUUUGUGUCUAAAGGUGCUCCUGACACGAGGGGGCAGUCGUGUCUUAGUCCCAUCGACAAAACUACACCACGAAUGCCCAAAACAAACGUGGGGCAGUGAAAUCAGCACUUCAAGUCCACAGAACAAGCUCCCUUGUUAGUUUAGAUUUUUUAUAGUGUUAAUCCCUUCAACGUGAAUCAUUUAGACAAAAUGCUGCAUUGAUCUUCUUCAGGGAACUAACCAGGUUUUAAAAAUAAUGCUCAGUCCUAUAUUGGGCUUUUAUGGAUAAGAGAUUGUCUCUGUUCUUUCAUCCUUUACAGACACUUACAAAUGUUACUGAAUGUUUUUUCCCCAUGUAAAUAAAAAGGCGAGAAUAGAGAGGUGAUGGAUAAAGAAGGCCGCGUGGAGCAAAGUAGGACAGGACGUGAUUAAAUAUUCCCAUUAUUUCCACGUGGUCUGGUGUGUUUGAGGAAUGGGAGGAUUCCCCGGUAAUUAUUUUAACAGCUGAUUUCGGCAAUAACAGAAAGGUGCACUGGUAAAUUGACCUCUGUAACUCCGCCCCUGAUGAUUUCCAUAAUCUGUCUAAUGAGACUUUUUACACUCCGUUGAGGUCAAAUGUGCUAUUUUGAGACACACAAGUGCUUUUCUUGUGAGUUUGUGCGGUUUCCCAGGCGACGGCGCCUGUGUUUGAUCCUCUGCAGACUCUCGGUGCUCCGGUCCCAAUAAAUCACUCGCACACAC